AUGAGUGAGGCGCUCAGGAACCUAUCCCUUGACCACGCCAACUCCGUCCCAUUCCAGAAGCACUACCUUGGUCGAAUUGUUCGUGCUGACCCAUGGGCCAUUGUUCGUCGCGAAAAGCCACAGCAGGCGCUUAUUGAUCAGGCUUGCAGCAUUGGUCACUCGAUGAGCAAACGGCGGCCAAUAGGCCUCACAGCUGAGCAAACGGCGUCUGUCGCAUCCGAUCCCCAUGUUCGACGGUUUACAAUCCAAUUACGCAAAUUGCGCCCGGGAUCUGAACGGCACAAAAAUACCCAGCGAGACCUUCGAUCAUUGAAGCAGAAGCUGAAAAGGGAACUGAAACAGAAGAUUCGAGACGACUGGACAGAUGAACAGGCUGUAGAUGACAUUGAACGCCAACUCCAAGGCAUCGGCUUUGCAGAGGCAAUGGUAGAUGACGCAAUUCGGCCUCAGCGGCCGGCUCAAACGUUGCUGGUGAAGGCACUCACAGCUCUAGUCGGUAAUACUCUGGAGGGACAGUACCAGCGCAGGGAUAACGCAAUUGAAGCCAUAGUUGCAUUUUGCGGUGUUGAGGAAGGCCCAACUGUACGACGGUGUAUUUCAUCAACGACGACAGUGUCACGCGAAAGCGCUCAUGAGCCUUCGGAAGGCGACCCUCUGUUUCUCGCUACUAUGUCUGUUUUUGUUGAUAAUCCGAAACAGAGGCCAAGGAGGUGUUUUCUGUGCAUUGGGGCCGCGCUAUCAAUGCCACGAGACGACCCUCGCGUGGAAGACAAGAUUGGAGAAUCCUACACGCCGGGGGAUUUGAGUAAACACUUCCGUCGAAGACACUUAUCAAAAUUGCGAGAUAAUGAUCGGCCAGUGUGUCAGGUAUGCGAUAUGGCACUCUCUCACAAAAUGCACCUGCAAAAGCAUGCUCUUGCAGUUCAUGGAACGGUCUCCUGA